GUCACCACAACUUUUGGAUGUAUUAGAAUUAUUUGAGGUUAUGCUACUCGUAUUUUGGAAACUUCAGUCCAACGAGAUAGAAAAUAGUAUUUCGUUGCUUCAGCCCUAAUGACCAACAAGCAAGACGUCAAAUAUUCCGAUUUCAAUCAAAUUUGUCGAAUAUGCCUUGUAAAAUGUGCGGAAUUAACGUCGAUAUUUCAGUCUGCAAUGUACGAAACGAUGAUCUCCCUCACCUCGCUUCAGAUUCGAGAAAACGACGGUCUUCCACAAUCGAUAUGUGCGAAGUGCGCGGGCCAGCUUCUCGGUAUAUUCUCGUUCAGGAGACGUUGCGAGGAGAGCGACUAUGUCCUGAGGUCCAUUAGCGAGGCGUUCGCGGUGGGAGUCCGCGAAACGCCAGAUAAUUGUGUCAAGGUUGGUGGACACGUUUGCACAGUGUGCACGAAGGAGUUUAAGAGCGCAAACGUGCUUAAACGACACGUCCGACUGCAUAGUGUGGAAAAGAAGCACGUCUGCUCGACUUGCGGUAAGCGAUUUUACAGCGCAACCGAUCUAACAAUCCACACUCGAACUCACACCGGCGAAAAGCCACUACAAUGUAAAGUUUGCCUGAAGGCGUUCUCGGACCCGCGCGGAUUGAAUAGUCACAUGAAGACUCACACGGGUGCCCGGCCGUACAAAUGCGAUGUUUGCGGCAAACAGUUUGCGCAUUCUUUCGUGCUCAAGACCCACACGAGGAUUCAUACAGCCGAACGGCCCUACGUGUGUUCGAUGUGCGGCAAGACGUUUGUGUACGCCCACAAUUUGGCGAUUCACACGCGAACGCAUACGGGUGAAAGGCCGUACGCGUGCGUCGAGUGUUCGAAAACAUUCAGUUCGAGCUCCACCUUGUCGGCCCAUAUGAUCGUUCAUACCGGAGAGAAAAGAUUUAUCUGCAGCGUUUGCGGGAAGAAGGUGGCACGCUCCGGCGACCUCGCAAUUCACAUGCGCAGCCACACCGGAGAAAAGCCCUACAAGUGCGGCCUGUGCAGCAAGCGUUACCGAAUGUCGUGCCACUUAAGGGCGCACAUGAAAUCGCACACAGGCGAAAGGGAUCACGUUUGCGAGGUAUGCGGAAAGGCGUUCGCCGAUUCCAGAGUCCUACGCUCGCACAUGACCACGCAUACCGGUGAAAAACUGCACGUUUGCGACGUAUGCGGGCGCAGCUUCGGGCAUUACAGUACGCUGUCGAGUCACCGUAAAGUGCAUCGGACGAAGGAGCUCCUCUCUCCCCAGCCUGACGAAUAUAAAUUAAUAAUUGACGAAACAAAGUUGGAGUAUUAAUUGUAUAAUUACAACAAUUACAAAGUUUCUUAUUAGUGCACCCGUUUCUGCCGUACGAACGCCGCCUAGGAGUAGAUCAUUUGUCUCGGAAGGUGAUUGUUAGCGAU